CGGAGCAGGUGCUGGGGCGCAGCUUUGCCCACAAGCGAUGGGGCAGGAGUGGAGACUUUGAUGCCUUUCGCGGGAGCCCCCAGAGCCAUGACUGCAACUGUGCAGACGCUGCGUUUCAAGCUGCUGCCUCAUGACACGGGCCAGGAGUGGGCACACGACUGCCAGCAGGAAAUCGAGCGUCGCUACCAAGUGGUGCCCUCUGUGGUGUGCGCCAUGUGCUGCCUCUUCGGGAUCAUCUACUGCUUCUUCGGCUACCGCUGCUUCAAGGCCGUCAUGUUCCUGACGGGGCUGAUGUUUGGCUCCAUCAUCAUCUUCAUGCUGUGCUACAAGGAGCGGGUGCUGGACACACAGCUGAGCGUGGAGGCCUCAGUGGGCAUCGGGCUGGGCAUCGGCGUCCUGUGCGGGCUGGUCACCAUGCUGGUGCGCAGCGUCGGCCUCUUCAUGGUGGGGUUGCUCCUGGGGCUGUUGCUCCUGGGGCUGGUGCUGGAGGUGGCCACGCUGGUGGUGAUGGAGCAGUUUUACCACCCGUCGACAGUGUGGAUCCCCAUCGCGCUGCUCCUGGGCGUGGGGAUGCUCUUCGCUGUGCUCACCCUGCAGUGGCAGCGGUUCUUCACCACGCUCUCCACCGCCGUCUUCGGCAGCGCCAUCAUGACCGUCACUGUCGAUUACUUCAUCGAGCUCUUCCUGCUGGUGCAGUACAUCUACGAGCGCAUCAAGGUGGCCCCUGCGCGCCCCGUGUGCUGGUACAGCUGGGUCAUCCUGGGUGUCUGGCCACUGCUCACCACGCUGGGCGUCCUGGUGCAGUGGAAGGUCACGGCCGAAGGCUACUCCCACACGGAAGGUGCGCGGGGCCGUGGGGUGGCCCAGGGCUGGGGGAGAUGGACAUGGCCUGGGGUGUCGCUGGGUGCCGGAGCUGGGGGGCUCGGCGCUAGGUCAGGGUUCCCAGGCCCGGCUUUGUGUGUGCAGCUUGCCUGCUGGGUGGGCUCUGUGGUGCGCAGCAGGCGAGCACGGCGGGGGGACAUGGGCCCCGUGUGCGGGGUGCAGGGCAGCUCCGGCCAGAGCUACAUCCAGAGCUUCCGAGAGCGGCAGACGGGGCCAUCCCUGAGCAGCCUCAUCGCCAGCUCCCACGCCGUGGUGGACCUGGACUAUGACUGCAGCUCCACCGUGCCCCUCACCACGGGCUCUGGCCCCGCCGUGCGGGUAUAACCCAACCCAGUGACCUCGAGCGACACCAGCACCCUAGCCUGCUCCAACAGAGCCUCUUGGACAUGUGGGGCU